CCUCCUCGCAUGGAGCGGCACGGCCAUGGCGCGCUGCGGCCGGACCAUCGGCGACUGUUUGCCGCGGCGGCGAGCGUGGGCGGACAUCUCCAGUGAUGAGGAUGAGGAACCCACAACCGUGUUCGCAUUCCAGGCACCCGUUCCACCCACCACCGUGAAGGCUGAGGAGACAGAUUCCAACUCCAGCCUUGAGGUCACCCGGGGUGGAUCCUAUGGCUCGGAAGAGGCAGAUCGAUUGUCAGAGGCGGAACAACUGGAACAAGCAGAGCCUGUAGAGGACUUGGAUCAGGCCUCCAGCUCCAGCCAUGCUGCGUGGACCGCCGCUCCGGCGCGCGUGGACGCAGCGACCUCGCCGCGCUCGAGCAACGGCGACGUGGACAGCAGUGAUGCCCCCACGGCGCGCGACGCGCGCGCGGUGGCACGGCAGGGCAUGCAAAUGGCGCGAUGGUUGCGCGAGUUUGCGGAAGAACAUCCAGAGCCAGACGUGCACGACAGAGAGAUGCAAACAAAUCUUCAAAGCAAAGAUGUUGAAAAACUUCGGAACAUCCGCGAGAGACUGCUGGCACAACGCCAAGCCAAAGAGAUUCAAGGUCUCUUGCCACAACGAGAAGCCGAGAUGGAAGCUCUCAGGCGAGCGCACCGCACCGAGCACGAAACGGUCCGUUUUACGGAGAUGUCAGAGGUCUUGAAGAAUCGAGAAGCCAAAGCGAAGCAACAGGCUGAGGAGCUUGCCGCCUUGCAAGAGAUCCAAGAGGAGGAUUUGCUGGACUCACCAGCCAAAGAUCAAGGCAACUCAGAUGCUCAGCAACGCCAGGAGCAGAUCAAAAGCGAGCUGCAAAGGGUGCAGGCUGAGAACCAAGAGCUCUUGCGCGCUGCACAGCAGGUGCGCAGCGAGGACAGUGGUUCUCAACGACAAGUGCAGGUUCUUCAAGCAGAGGUGGGCAAGUUUCAGUUCACUCUUCACGAUCUUCGAGAGGGAACGGCGGUGGCAGAAUCCGAGCUGGUGCAGAUGCAAGCGAGAAAGGCCGAAAAGCUGGCGGCAUUGCACGAUCAGCAAACCCAGCUGAAAAACAUUGAGGAGGAACAUCGAGUUCUGGAACAGCAGGUCAAGGAAGAGAAGCAACGGUCUCAACAACUGGAAAAUGAGAAAGUUUCACUCCAAUGCUCUGUAAAGGAAGCCGAGGAAGCCUGCCGUGUCUGGCAAUGGCGCUUGCGAAAAGAGUUGUGUCAGAUUGAGAAGACGGAGCCUAACAGCAACUUUGUGAUUCAGUUGCUGAACAAAGCUCCCGAAGUCGCGGAAGUGCAUGGCAGUAGUUGACCCCACGACCCAAGAGACGGUGUUCG